AUGGAGGGCAUCCUGGAGGAAAACCCUUCAAGCCAGGAUGACUCCCAACCACGUCGUCUGGCCUCAGAACACCAGGAGGUCACGGACCAAGCAAGAAUAGCAAGUACCAUCCACCGCACGAACGAACACGUAGUCACAGACCCGCAACAUCCCGAGAAAGCCAGGGACAAAGCGGCACAGAUCAUCCAGGAUCUCUGCCUCCGGGUCCAAGAACUUGAAGGCAAACUGACCGACAGAGGAAAACGCGCCAACGAACACGGAAGCCAGGCAACUUCCAGGCCACGAUCCCACCGCGGAAGGUCGCCAACCCGACAACACGAUAGGAGAGAUGGUCGCAGCACCUCACGUAACCAUCGACACGAGAAAUCGCCAGAACGGCGAUACAACAAGAAACACCACCGCAGCGCGUCCCACGAUCUAAGUCGUCAACACGAUUCGGACGAAGACCCGAGACGCCGAAACACCAAACGCACGAGAAACGACCACACCAUAAUGGGAGCCACGCCCUUCACAGAAAGAAUCUUAAGAGCGAAACUCCCCAAAGGUUUCGACAAACCCACCGACAUGAAGUAUGAUGGAACUAAGGACCCCCAAGAACAUCUAACGGCCUUCGAGGCCAGAAUGAACUUAGAAGGAGCGGCCGACGCAGUCCGAUGCAGAGCCUUCCCGGUAACCCUUGCCGGACCGGCGAUCAAAUGGUUCAACGCCCUCCCGAACGGAUCCAUAGCCAGCUUCCACGACAUAGCACGAAAAUUCAUGGCCCAAUUCACAACCAGAAUCACCAAAGCCAAACACCCCAUUAGCUUGUUAGGGGUCACACAGAAGCAAAAAGAAUCCACAAGGAAAUACCUCGACCGCUUCAACGAUGAAUGCCUAACGGUCGACGGACUCACGGACUCCAACGUCGCCAAGGACUACAUCAACGACGAGGAAGUCAGCCAGGUCGUCGCUGCCAACAAACGGCAGCACGCCGCCACCCAACACGGUAAUUCGGCUCCCCGUCAUAACCCACCACCCAAAGAGAAUCAACGGGACCACCCCAGGCCGGCCAAUCGGCCACCGAGAAUAGAAAAAUUCUCUAAUUACACGCCCCUAACAGCACCAAUUACGGAGAUAUACCACCAAAUAGCAGAUCGAGGCGUCAUCCCCAGAGCCCGACCACUCAAAGAAAGGACAGGAGGCAACAAAACCCUCUACUGUGACUACCACCGAGGCUACGGCCGCAAAACACAAGAUUGUUUCGACCUUAAAGACGCUCUUGAACAGGCCAUACGAGACGGCAAACUCCCGGAAUUUGCCAAAAUCAUCAGAGAACCGAGGCGCGCAGACAGAGACAAGUCGCCGGAAAGAGAAGGGCGUAACCCGAGAACUCAAAAGCUACCCCUCAGGGAGAGCCCGGAGGAAGACCCGACCAUCAUAGUGAACGUCAUCACAGGCAAGGACGUAUCGAGCAAGUCAAAACUCACAAUGAAAAAAGAUCUCAAGGUAAUGGCCGUCAGAAACCAAGCCCCAAUCGCCGCGGCCGACAAUACGAUAACAUUCUUACCAGAAGACUGCCAACACGGCACCUCGGCCGAAGAUGCCCCCUUCGUCAUCUCAGCCAGAAUCGGAACAGGACUCGUACGAAGAAUACUGGUAGACACCGGCGCAGACUCCAACAUCCUUUUUCGAGGAGCCUUCGACAAGCUCGGGCUCCGCAACGACAACCUUCAAACACACCGCCACGGCGUCACGGGGCUCGGAGACAACUUUCUCAAACCAGAUGGCUCGAUUACCCUCCCCAUCACCAUAGGAACAAGCAAUCAGAGAAAGACAAUCCUAUCUGAAUUCGUAGUCCUAAAAGACUCCACAGCCUAUAACGUGAUUCUCGGAAGAAAAACAAUCAACGACUUCUCUGUAGUCAUCUUUACCAAAUACCUCCUCAUGAAGUUCAGAACUGACGACGGCUCCGUCGGAACCAUUCACAGAGACCGAGAGGUCGCAGCCGAAUGCGACAACACCAGCCUAGCCCUAAGGAAAAAAUCCCGGGAUGCGGCCGGAAUAUUCCUUGCCGACCUAGACGUGGCAUAA